AGCGUUAGCUGUGCGGCUCAGACCCCGCCAUGGCCAAAGUCGGGGAGGACGACGCGGCGGCCGCGGCCGCGGCCGCGAGCGCCAAGAAGCUGCCGCUGCUGGCGGAGGAAGCGGACCCUGAGCGCACCAGGAACUCGCCCUUCACCGGCGGCGAUGGCCGGCCUUCGGAGCCCGAGCGAAUCCAAAUCCUGGUGCAGCAGGCGCCGCCCCCUCCCGCGAACCUGGCACCCAGCAGCCUGACCCGGUCCCUUCUGCACUCGGCAGUGCACUCGGUGGCCGCCGGCGCCCCAAGCGGCGCGGAGGACGCCGCCCUGGCCGGGCUGAGCUCCGCGGAGGCGGCGCAGCGGCUGCUGCAGCACGGGCGCAACGAGAUCCCCGAGCAUGUGGAGCCCUGGUACAUCAUGCUGGGCAAGCAGUUCGUGGGCAUGAUGCCCUUCAUGCUCAUCGUCGCGGCGCUUCUCUCCGCCAUUACUGAGGACUGGGCCGACUUCGUGGUCAUCGCGCUGAUGCUGCUUGUGAAUGCCCUCAUCGGCUUCCAUGAGGAGUUCAAGGCCCGGCAGUCCCUGGACGCCCUGAAGGCCCAGAUGACCGCCACCGUGCCGGUGAAGCGCGAUGGGGAGAUGGUCAUCAUCCCCGUGGCGGAGCUUGUCCCUGGGGACGUGAUCUUCCUGCGUGGGGGGAACAUCGUGCCGGCAGACUGCGAGUUUUUGGAGGGGGACGAGAUGUUGGUGGACACCGCCGCCCUCACCGGGGAGCCGCUGCCUCGCAAGAUCCCGCGCCCCGACCGAGCGGAGGAGCCCCCAGGCGCAGGAAAGCUGCUGCUCAGCGGGUGCAUUGUGAAGCAAGGGGAAGCCCAUUGCGAGGUCAAGGAGACGGGCCUCAACACGGAGAUCGGCCAGGCGGCCGGCCUGGUGGCGGAGGCCUCCGGGCACCAGCCGGGCAUGUUCGAGACCAAGAUCAUGCAGGUGGUGCAUGCGGUGAUUCUGCUGGCGCUGGUGGACGCCGGGGUGGUGCUCUACAUUGACGUGGCCCACCGCGGCACCAAGUUCUCCAAAGCGCUGCUCAACGUGCUGGCGCUGGUCAUCGGGGCGGUGCCCAUCGCACUGCCCCUGGUGAUGCAGGUGACCAUGGCCAUCGGCGCCGCCUCGAUGGCGAAGCGCCAGGCCAUCGUCACCCACCUCACCGCCCUUCAGGAGAUCGCCUCCAUGACGGUGUUGUGCAGCGACAAGACGGGCACGCUGACGACUGCGGACAUGCGGGUUCUGCCGCACCGCACCUGGACCUCCAAGAUCUCCCGGGAUGACGCGCUGCUCUACGCCUGCCUCGCCUCGAACCCCGCGAACAAGGAGGACCCCAUCGACAAGGCGGUGCUGGGCAGUGGGCACGAGCACUUCGGAGAGGAGGAGGCGGAGAAGAUGAUGGCCUUGUACAAGAAGAGCAAGUUCGUGGGCUUCAACCCCACGGUGAAGCGCACCGUGGUCUACUGCGAGCACGCGGAGAAGGGCAAGCUGAAGAUCUCCAAGGGCCUGAUGGACAAGGUCCUCAUCACCGGGGACGACGGCGGCGACUGCUGGGAGUGCCAAGACGCGGAGAAGCUCAAAGACGAGCUCAAGGAGGUGGACCUUCGCUUCUCCAGCCAAGGCUACAAGACCGUGGGUUUGGCGGUGGGCCACAACGACGGGCCUAUGCACUUCUCGGCCAUCAUCCCCAUGUUGGACCCACCGAGGGGCGACACCAAGCUCACCAUCUUCCGGAUCCGCGAAGCCGGCAUCAAUGUGAAGAUGAUCACCGGGGACCACCUGAACAUCGCGGUGGAGACCUCCCGGUUGAUCGGCCUCGGCACCAAUGUGCUCCCCGCCACGGAUCUCUGGCCCGCCUCGGCCACCCGGGACGAGACCAUUGCAACCUCGGACGGCUUCGCGCAGGUGUUGCCCAAGGACAAGCGCGAGGUGAUCCUGGUGCUGCAGAACCGCGGCCUCGUGGUGGGCAUGACCGGCGACGGCGUGAACGACGCCCCGGCCCUGGCCCAGGCCCAGAUCGGCAUCGCCGUGGACGGCGCCACCGAGGCCGCCCGCAGCGCGGCGGACAUCAUCUUGACGUCCCCCGGGCUGUCGGCGAUUUUCGACGCGGUGGUGGAAAGCCGGAAGAUCUUCGCGCGCCUGAGGUCCUAUGUGCUCUACCGCAUCGCAGCCACCAUCCAGAUUGUGCUGGUGCUAUCUAUCCUCAUCUACGCCUACAAUGACACCAUGCCGGCAAUCUACGUAAUCCUGUUGGCGCUGGUGAACGACGUCACCAUGUUGCCGGUGGCUUCGGACAAUGCCUCGCCAUCCGAGCUGCCGGAGAUCCCGUCCAUGCCCUCCAUUCUGCUGGCCUCCUUUCUCUAUGGUUUCAUCGGCACGGCGCAGACCAUGGGCCUGUACAUGUCGGACCUGCUCCAAGGCGAUGGGUCCGACGAGUACCGCAUGGCCGUGACCUAUGUGCAGAUGUCCAUCGCCGUGGAGCUGUACAUCUUCUCCUGCCGCACGCCCAUCUACGUGCUGAACAUCUUCCGUCCCGACACCUGGCCUUCCUUGCUGCUGGUGCUCUGCGUGAUGGGGGGGAACAUCCUGGUGUCGUUGCUGGCCGGGUUCGGGGACACCUUGAAGGUGGUGCACAAAGUCGAAUGGGUCGACAUCGCUUGGAUUUGGGCGUACGACCUGGCGGGGCUUUUGGUGAUCGACCUGCUGAAGCGCUUCCUCAACGUGGUGGGCGCAGAUUGGAUGUCCGCCGGCGCGGGGGGGGAGGUGUUGGGCUACCCGGAGCUCCCGGAUGAGUUCCACGGCGCCAGCCACCGGUCCACGCUGUUGCACUCCCGCGUCAGCGCCAGGAGCAUGCUGCAUCACCACAGCCGCGUCUCCACCAUUUCUCAGGGCCCGCACGGGGCGCUGGGGCUUCCGAAGCCCACGGGAUCCACGCUGCCCUUCCCCCACAACCUGCGGGCGCAAGCGCUGCGGAACCUGCACUCCUUCUGAGGCGGCUCCUUCGCAGGCGGCUUCUGGCUUCGUGCGGAUUUUGUGGUUGCCAAUGCUGGGAACGAACGGUUCCACAGCACUGACCAAGGCACGUUCCCAUUGUCAAGGGCGAAUGCCAUGAAUCUCUGU